UCACAGAGAAAGGACGAUACUAUUUGGGCGGUGCGGUUGGUGGUCGUCGCAAUGCAAUAACAUUCAAUAUGGAGUACAUAAUACUGUGAUUCUUAUAUUUCGGCUACUACAAAUAGAUAAGUAUCCAUUAACUGUCUAGUCAUUCCAUCAUUUAGUGAAUCUGUUUCGGAAUUCUUUAGAGUGCGUAGGCUAUGUAUUUGAUGUUCAUAAAUUGAUGCAUUGUUACAGGAGAGGCGUUGUUCUGAUAGCAAUUUGGUGCGGUGACAGUUAAACUGUUGUAACAUUUAGAUACGUAUUAAUGUAGCAAUAUUUCAAAUGAUGAAUGUUAUCCUCGCAACAAACGCAACAGCGUGUGGUGGCGAUUCUAAUUUGUAUACAAGCCUGGUAGUGGUUAGAGCGCUAUUGAACGUUUUGUAGAAUACUCGGUUACUAGGUGAAAGGUUAGGGACAUUGCUCUCAAAUAGUUCGUCGUCGGGUCUUGUAUGAUCAUAGGAUGCGCAAUGCAGCGAGUGCCUCUUUGUCUCUGGGAUCGCUGGGUCUGCUGCGUCUCUUCGGGGUCCCCUGGUCCUGGAGCUUAGCAGCAGGCUUCGGGGUCUUUCUGGGCACAGGUGGUUGGAAGUACCUCUACAUCGUAGUCCGUACUGCCAAAAGAGACCUAAAUGGCCUUUACGUGUUGUUACGAGUCAAGAUAGCCUUGUGGCACCACCUACGGCGCAACAGCAAUAUCCCCUCCAUCUUUGCCCAGACGGUGAAGCAGCACCCAAAUAAACCCGCCCUCAUCUACGAUGCCACAGGAGAGACGUGGACCUUCACCCAGCUGGACCUGCUGUCUAACGCUGUGGCCCAAUGGGCUCUGGCCCAGGGCUGGGCCCCGGGGGAUGUGGUAGCCCUCUUCAUGGAGAGCCGACCCUUGCAGGUGGCCCUCUGGCUGGGCCUGGCCAAGGUGGGGGUGGAGGCAGCACUCAUCAACUUCAACCUGCGGAGGGAUGCUCUCCUGCACUGUGUUGGAGUGUCUGUGUCCAGAGGGAUCGUGUUCGGAGCCGAGCUGGCUGAUGCCAUGUUGGAGGUGAGCUCAUCCCUGAGCCCGUCGAUGGUGCGGUUUUGUACAGGAGAGCUCAGUGUAGACUGUCUUGCCUCCCUGGCUGCCCAGAAUCUGGACUAUAUCCUGGCCUCUGCCCCUACACUGCCCCCUCCUCCCUGCAUCCCACCCAAGAGCUUCAAUGAUCGUCUGUUCUAUAUAUACACCUCAGGCACCACAGGACUCCCUAAAGCUGCCAUAGUGGUGCACAGUCGGUAUUACCGUAUUGCUGCUUUUGGCUACCAUGCUUUCCGCAUGCGCCAGGAUGACAUCAUCUACGACUGCCUUCCCCUCUACCACUCUGCAGGUAAUAUCAUGGGUGUAGGCCAGUGUCUCAUCAAUGGACUCACUGUGGUGGUGAAGAAGAAAUUCUCAGCCAGUCGCUUCUGGGAAGAUUGCAUCAAGCACAACUGCACUGUGGUGCAGUACAUAGGGGAGAUCUGUCGCUACCUGCUGUCUCAGCCGGUGCGGCCUUCUGAGAAGGGUCAUCGGGUUCGCCUGGCAGUGGGGAAUGGGCUGCGUCCUAGUGUCUGGGAGGCCUUCACCGAGCGCUUUGGUGUGGCUCAGGUAGGGGAGUUCUACGGAGCCACCGAAUGCAACUGUAGCAUCGCCAACAUGGACGGCAAGGUGGGAGCUUGUGGGUUCAACAGCCGCAUCCUGCCCAAUGUGUACCCAAUCCGCCUCAUGAAAGUGGAUGAGGAGACCACGGAGCUGGUGAGGGACAGGCACGGCCUGUGUGUGCCCUGCCGUCCUGGGGAGCCAGGGCUGCUGGUGGGAAGGAUCAACCAACAGGACCCGCUACGGAGGUUUGAUGGCUACGCCAACCAGGAUGCCACCAGGAAGAAGAUCGCCAACAAUGUCUUCAAGAAAAAUGACUCGGCAUAUCUGUCAGGGGAUGUGUUGGUGAUGGAUGAGCUGGGCUACAUGUACUUCCGGGACCGCAGUGGAGACACGUUCCGCUGGAGAGGAGAGAACGUCUCCACCACCGAGGUGGAGGGAACACUGAGUGGUCUGCUGGGCCAGGCCGAUGUGGCUGUGUAUGGGGUAGCUGUACCAGAUGUGGAAGGGAAGGCAGGGAUGGCUGCCAUUGCAGACCCAACAGGGACAUUUGACUGUGAUGCGUUCCUGCGAGUGGUCCAACAGGCCCUUCCCCCUUACGCCCGUCCCGUGUUCCUACGCAUCUCCCCACAAGUAGACACCACAGGUACCUUUAAAAUCCAGAAGACCCGGUUGCAGAGGGAGGGAUACGAUCCGCGCUUAUCAACCGACCAGAUUUACUUUUUGAACUCCAGAGCAGGGCGUUAUGAGGCUGUGAAUGAGGAGCUACACAGUGCUAUAGUGGAGGGUAGAAUGGCUCUAUGAGAUGGACUAUUUUAAGCUGGGUUUACACAACACGUUUAUGAGGCUGCUUUGAGCCACAGCUUGUUGUAGCUAUGUUAAAUCUAAUCACAUAACUGUUUUCGCGAGACACGGUGGUAUGGACAAUCCUCACGACCAAGUGAGGAAUCUUGUAGUGUGUGACCCCUGUCUAUGCCACAUGGUUUAGUGUGUGAGCCCUGUCUGUGCCACAUGGUUUAGUGUGUGACCCCUGUCUGUGCCACAUGGUUUAGUGUGGCACCACUACGUUGGCAAGACAACAAAAUACUACAGGAAAGAUGGUCGUUUAGUGCGAGAGGCUCAGCCAUGUUAGGAUUUUGAAAGUCAUGUAGUGCACACCGGCUUUAGGAAAGUGACUGUCAAGGUGUCAGAUACUGGAGACUGUGAUAUGCUGGAGUGGAAAGCCUUAUUGUGCCGUUAUAAUGCAUUGUAAGACUUGUCAUAAGCAUGCAUGACCCCUUAUAAUGUCUUAUCAACUCAUAAUGAUCCUGUCUCAACUUGAUAUUUUCAUACGUUGUGAAAAAUAACAUAGUAUUAUAAAGGCUCAUCUGUGCUUAGAACACGUUAUAAAGCAGUACACCUGCAGGCUUUAAGUAGUGUUAUUACUGAAGUCUCCAUGUAUUAGUGUUUCUCCCUGGAUCUAGUCUAGAUCAGGGGACUGAAGGGCUACUGAUCAAUCAAUAGGGAAACCUUACUGUUCCAAAACCAUGUGUUAACACUAUCAAUAACGUACAAGGACAAGGUUGGAUGAGGGCUUUUUUCCCCCUUUUCAUUCCCCCUUCAUUUGUGUUGUUUCUUAGUUUAGCCAAAUGAAAACGUUCAAGCCUUCAACACUACAAUGCACAUAGAGUAUAGCAAGUUUUCACAUGAAACCAGGAUGUCUGUUACAAUGACAGCGUUUGUCUGUUUGUUACAAUGAGAGUGUAAAGGAAAUGAGAGCUGGGACUGAAUAGACCACAGUCGUUGAGAUACCAGUCUCUUGAAAAUUGUGUUCCAGGCUAUUUGCUCCCAACCUUGUAAUAGUAGUGUGCCACCAUGUACAUAACAAAAUACUGAACAGGUUUUUAGCAAUACUUGAGUGUCCAUGUUGGAUGAGGUGUUGCUACCUGUGUGUUAAUAGUAUGAUAGAACAUGCCACAGCUGAACAUGCCUCUUAUUCCGAACACUAACUGUAGGAGCUUCGAUUGCGAGAUGACAUUUUUUAAAUGUAAAACUAAACCUGAUUACGUAACAUGUUUGAAGUAAUGGAUGAUAUGCACUGACUGACCACUCAGGUUCACACACAUUGAUAUUAUGUGCCUUGUGGGAACCCUGUGGAAGCCCUGUGUGUCCUGGAACUAUUGGGGUUUUAUGCUUAACCUGACUAGGGAACUCCAAUACAUAAGAAAGAACAUUAUUUAAACAAUAUCUUCACAAUCUGUCAAUUAGUCAGAGAUCAUGGUUGCCCUAUCAUUAUGUAAUAAAGCAAUUUCUCAGAGUAAUAUUGUAGAUAGAAUUGAUUGGGAACAUUAUUCUAGCUCUCCAUUUUCAUACAUUUGUUUAGGUGUAACUCAAAAUAAAGGUUUGUAAAAGACA